AGAUAGACAUUGAGAGGUGAAACGAACUGCUACGCUGAACUCAUCUCUCUCUCUCUCACUACCAACAAUGGCGGUAGCUCAAGUUUCUCCCUCCUUCUGUAUCUCCACCGCCGCUAGAAUCUCCCCUGUUCCUCAAUUUCCAUCCUCUGCUUUGCCUCGGAUUGGGACAUCUUUCAUUUGCGGUUCGCCCCUCGUGAUGUGCGGAGCUUACCAUCAGAAGGUGCUAGUACGUAAGGCCGCUGCAUUUUCUGUGAGAUGUGAGCAAAGUAGUAAGGAUGGAAACGGUUUAGAUGUGUGGCUAGGUCGCAUAGCAAUGGUUGGCUUUGCAGUGGCGAUUAGUGUUGAAAUAUCAACCGGGAAAGGGCUUCUUGAGAAUUUUGGGCUUUCAUCACCCUUGCCAACAGUGGCCUUGGCAGUGACUGCACUUGUGGGCGUUCUUACAGCAAUCUUCAUCUUCCAGUCUGCCUCUGAGAAUUGAUAACACUGAUACAUAACUUGGUAUUUGUAAAGCUUCUGUAUUUAUUUGUGACGAGCUGUUCUUUCUUAUCUUUUGUUUGUUUAUGUAACACAAUCUUUAAUGUUGGAUGCCGACAAUGAUGUAUGCAUUUGAGAAUCUACAAGUAAUUGAGGACUUCCUCACCAUGAGAACGUAGUAGGAGUCCUAUUGUUGUUUGAAUGGGUUUGUAAACAAAUUCUACAUUUAGUAAAUAUGGAUUUAUGAGUUGCCAGAC